AAACUUGCUUGCACCUCAUCGACAUAAAGUGGACGUGAGCAUAUUAAUGUGACUUUUAUAUCUGACCAAUUAUGUCCCCUGCGAAGAAUCAUGACUGUUUUACAGACCAAUCACUUUCGGGAUGAUAACCCAAGAAUGCUUUGGCCUAGUUAGGAAAAUUAAUAGGAACGUUGAAAAUGACCAGCAGAUGACCUCUGUUGAUUUAGAGGUCAGUAUAUCAGAGGUCAAGGUCACACUGACCCGGAACAGUUAAACAGUUUCUGGAUAAUAACUCAAGAACGCUUAGGCCUAGGAUCGUGAAACUUAUUAGAAAGGCUUAUCAUGACCAGCAAAAUGCCCUUACUUUUUAAGUUAGUAGGUCAAAGAUCAAGGUCAUAGUGGUCAUAAAUUAAGUUAAACCAUUUCCGGACGAUAACUUGAGAAAGCUUGGGCGAAGGAUCAUAAAAAGUAAACGGUCGCCAGUGGUCAAGAUCAAAGUGACCCAGAACAGUUAAACGAAUUCCGGACAAUAACUUAAGAACACUUAGGCCUAGAAUCACGGAACUUAAGAGGAAGGUUGAUCAUGACCAGCAGAUGACCCCUGUUGAUUUUAAGGUCAGUUGCUCAAAGGUCAAGGUCACAGUGAUUCGGAACAGUUAAACCGUUUCUGACGAUAACUUAAGAAUGCUAGGGCCUAGGAUUAGCAUGACCAGCAGAUAACCAAUAUUGAUUUUGAGGACAGCACGUCAGUAGGUCAAAGGUCAAUGUCACAUUUUUGCCAAAUAACUAGAGAAUGAUGCUUUGGUCCGAGAUCACAUAUGACACGGAGGUCGCAUGUAUGACUGAGCUGAAAGACGAUUUGGCAACCUUCUACUCAAACAGAUACAGUACAAUACCACUGUCACCGCUAUUCGAGGAGCACGACACUCCACUUGUAGAUUUUUACAUUUUGCCUGAAAUGAAUUUCAUUGAAAAGAAAAAUCCAGCUGGGGAAGAGACUAAAACUCCAGUUAAAUCGUUGUCGGACUUAUUCCAGUCUGAAAAAAGUUCUGAAAUAUAUUUAUCCGCAGAUGCUGGAUUUGGGAAAACUGCAUUUUCAAAAUAUCUUGCUAUCACGUGGUGCCAGGCUCAUCGGCCCGAAACUAAAUGCACAAAGUACUUCAACGAAGAUGUGAUAAAGGCCAUGCUUGGUUUUGAGUUUUUGUUUCUUGUGUUAUUGCGGGAUUCUUCUGAUGAUUGUAGCAUUGAUGAUUUGAUAAUGAACCAAAUUAUGCAAAAUUUGUCUCGGGAUUUUGCAUUGACAAAAGAUUUCGUUCAGGAGAUUCUGCAUCGCGAACGACAUCUUAUAAUAUUAGAUGGUUUAGACGAGUGGAUUCAUCCCGAAAAGAAAUGUGCAAAAGUGCCCAAAACGAACCCUCAUCGUAAUGCACGUGAAACAUGUGUAAUCCUAACCACGUCAAGACCUUGGAAAUUAGGUGUGUUGAAUCUUAAAACUAGUGAAAUAGGUAAGAAAGUGGAACUAGUAAAAUUAACCUCUGAGUCAGCACAGAUAUUAGAGGAAAGGGCGAUUUCAAAAAUAAAGAAUCUGCAUAUUGCUGAAGCAAAACUCCGGGCCAAACAGUUGAAUAAAAAAGUCAAGGAAAAUAAACUUGAGGAUUUGGAAUCCGUCCCCCUUCUUACGAUGUAUCUCAUUUGUUUAUGGUGUGACAAUAUUCCACUUGGACAGUCAAAGUGCGGACUAUAUGCAAGCAUUAUUGAACUUCUGCUGUCAAGAACGAUAAGCAAACAUCCGGAAGUGAAACUAACGUGCGAACCCUCCCAGAGUGAUAUUCCACAAUGCUUCAGUGAAUAUAAACAUUGUACUAAAUACUGCACAUAUCUGAAAGCUUUAGGACAAUUAGCAUUUGAAACACUAUUCAGUGAAACUAAGGAGAGCACUCUUGUUUUCAGUCAGUCAGUGACUGAAAAGUAUCUGUCAUCAAAUUAUUUGAAAUUUAGUCUUGACUCGGGAAUAUUAACACAAAGUACAGAAAAGACACUAACAAAACAAAUUUCUAAAUGUUCUUUCUCGCACAAAACAAUACAAGAAUUUUUUUGUGCAUUGUACAUUAGCUGUCAAAAUGAAAGUGAUGUCAAAGAAAUCUUUCUGAAGGAAUGCAAAAGUGUGCAAAGUAUUCUUGACAUGUCGACAGUGUUUGUUUUCACCAGUGGAAUGGUGAAUGCAGAAAUCAUUUCUUCAAUAUCUCCUAAUUUCAUGUCAGUAAUCAGUGAAGAUACGAGAACGAGCGAAUACAGAACUACGACUGACCAGUACUGUGAACCUCUGAAAGACAUACAAGACAUGUACAUGUCUUGUAUGAAAGAAAACACAAGCGAUAAGGAACUCAAAGUUUGCUGCCAAGAUUUUUUCUUUAGUGAAGAUUGUAAAGAAGAAAAAUACUUUAAGCAUCUAGCACGGCUCGCAGUACACAAUAAAACAAACAUGGCGUCAAUAAAUAUCAACACAAACAGUGGUCGUAGUUUACGUGAAAUUAUCGAUUGUUGUGCAUUGCACGAACUGUUCCAGAUCAAUAAAAUAUACUGCCGGGGUAACUUUAAACAGCCGCUAGGCCUACUUCCUGUACUGUUUAACAAGUCGCCGAAAUGUCUCACUGUUAUAGGCCUAUCGUUUGGUCCUUUGAGCCGUGAAAUGUUGGAAACAUUACAGAAUAACUCUCUGUUACAAGCAAUUUAUAUCCACGGUUUCUUUACGAGCCACAAUGUGCUGAAUGAGUUUCUGAAUUAUAUUAUAAACAGAAAAACAAUGACGGAGAUUAGAUUGCGGGACUUACACUGUGUCGAGCACUACAAGUCGUGUAGUUACAGUUUAGAUUUUAGUCAGCAUUCAGAUCUAAGGAAGUUAGAAUUGGGCUCGAUACCUGAAGUGUCACAAUUGAAAGUUAAUAGUCAAGUGGAACACGUGAAGUUGGUGGGUAUCAAUCUAGGUGAAAUGUCGCUGCCUUCUGAAAUGGGAAAUAUUAAACAUGUUGAUUUGCGGUUUGUAAACAUGUCUGCUUCAACAUUGCGUGAUCUCGUUAAGGUAGUGGAGAAACUUUCACACAAAGUCACAGUAACAAUAUACUGGUGUAAGAUAGAACCGAGAACAGAGUUUGAACACGUUAAACAAUAUAUACGCUCAUCUCAGAAUCUCCGAGUUACGCGGGAUAAUAGAGGAGAGUUUGUGUUUGAAACAAAAGUUGAAAGUUAAUUAGUUACUAAAUAAACUCAGACUGAUAGUGUCAAUGUAUAUAAACAUUGUUCAUUCAAAAUGUGUUACUAUAAAUCAUUACACGAUGACAUAUGUGUAACAUGUAUAUAGAUCUACACGUGUGCAUAAUUAGGAAUAGUGACAGUCGCUAGUCGCGAGUGAUAAAAUAAACAUCGAUACAUUCUUGGAGGAAAAAAUGGACGUUCUUAUAACAUGGAUUUAUACACAAGUUCAGUUUCCCUUUAUACUUCAAGAGCAUACAUGUAUUUCUGGUGGCUAGGCUACAAACACCAUAACAUACAGGACAUGACGCUUGUUUCUGGCAAUUGGACAAAAGAAUUUUGCAGGACUAUAAACGUAUUAUACCCAAAAAUCUGUGAGAAAAACUACUUGGAAUUAUUAAUUUUCAUUACCAGGGACAAAUCAUACUGUUUUACUUAAAUUAGUUGGUAAAGAAAUGUCGGACUUUCACUUGUGUAUCAUAUCGCUUUGAGCUCAUUUUUCUAACUAAGAAAAGUUUAAAUAAGUAAAGUUUUGUAUGUAAGUAAGUAUUAACUGGAAGGGUUUCAAACAGUCACGCGCGCUGUCAAAAGACAACCUAAAAAAAGUGUUUGAUUUGGCUUCAUUUUGAUGUUAAUUGUUAACAAUGUUUAAGUGUUAUUUUAAGAUAUUAAGUUUUAAAAUGCCUGGAAACGGCCCUGUUGCAAAUGAAUUUUGUUGUGUUUGACAUACCACGGCAAAGAAGUUGCAAUCUUUUUAUGGAAUUGUUUAAAUAUUAAAUGCACUUUGUUCUAAGAAAAAAAUAUAUUGUGAGACAUGUUUUUAUGUUGUUACCAAAAUCACUAUUUGUUUGCAUAGUCCUUAGCCUUAUACUACAACAUCUAAUAUUUUCAUGCAUAAGUCUUCUUAUUAAAGGGAAAAUCCCUACUUAUCUGAUAUGGAUUGUAGUCUCUGUAGAAACUUAUAUGUUUCUAGCAGACGACAUUAAUAAUUAUACUAGAAAGAACAUAUUUUUACGAAAACCUUGUUCUCAGCGGACUUUUCAUAAUUUUGAUAAAAAAUUAAAACUGUGAACCCUUUUAUACGCCCGUAUCUGAAAGAGCGGGGAGUAUUAUGUGAACACCUGUGGUGGGCGGGCGGUCGGCGUCCUAAAGCAUGUCCGCUCUCUAAGUCGAACAGUUUUCAUCCAAACUUGGUGACAAUGUUUGUGGGCAUAAUAUCUCGGCCAAGUUCGAUCACCAGCAAAAUCGCCCCAUGCACUCUUGGGUUAUGGCCCUUGAAUUACUCGAAAUCUGCAAAUUUAGCAAGUUGUCCGCCCUCUAAGUCAAACAGUUUUCAUGCGAUCUUCACCACACUUGGCGACAAUGUUUGUGGGCAUAAUAUCUCGGCCAGGUCCGAUAACCAGCCAAUCGCCUCAUGCAGUCUUGGGUUAUGGCCCUUGAAUUACUCGAAAAACGGCGAAUUUAGCCUUGUCCGCUCUUUAAGUGGAACAGUUUUCAUGCGAUCUUCACCACACUUGACGACAAUGUUUGUGGGCAUAAUAUCUCGGCCAGGUCCGAUAACCAGCCAAUCGCCUCAUGCAGUCUUGGGUUAUGGCCCUUGAAUUACUCGAAAAACUGCGAAUUUAGCCUUGUCCCUCUUUAAGUGGAACAGUUUUCAUCCGAUCUUCACCAAACUUGCAGAUAAUGUUUGUGGGCAUAAAAUAUCAGCCAAGUUCGAUAACCAGCCAAAUCACUCUUGGAUUAUGACCCUUCAAUUACUCAAAAUCUGCGAAUUUAGCCUUGUCCGCUCUCUGAGUCGAACAGUUUUCAUCUGAUCUUCACCAAACUUGCUGACAAUGUUUGUGGGCAUAAUAUCUCGACCAAGUUUGAUGACCAGCCAAAUCGCCCCAGGCACUCUUGGAUUAUGGCCCUUGAAUUGACAGGCGUAUUUUGUGACAGUAUCCACUCUUGUUGUUUUAUAUGAUUGUGAAACAGUCUUUGAUUAAACAAAAGAUGGAAACUUUUCUAUGUAGAGACUAGUUGCAUUGUAAAAUUAUUGGAGUUACUUAAUGAAUGGAAUGACUAAUUUUUUAUCUCUACUUAAUUUUUUUUUUAAGUUUCACUUAUUUCUACAUAUUAAACGAAUACAUGUUGCAAGAGAAACAAUCUUUUCAUCAACAAAAGUUGGUAUUACAAGGAAAUGGGACUACAGACUAUAUAAUAAACAUAAGCUUACAAAUAUUACAUUACAUGUAGGUCUAUUUCUAUAGGAAGAUAAUGUUUUCCUUUCUAAAUUAUAGCAAUUACCAUGUGUAUAUAUAUUUGAUAGACUAUUGUAGAUGUAUGGUAUGUUCGCCUUAUGUAAUUUGUAUUUAAUAAUAUAUAUGAACUGUUUUGAGUUUUACCAGUUAUGUUUAUGUUGAUUGCUUGCGAACAGAAGACAAAAUAGUAUAAUGCUGUUUUGAUCGUAACCUUUUACAAUGACACGUUAUUUGCUCACAUGAGAGCAUAAAAUGCUCAAGGUGAGCAUUUGUGAUCGUCCUGUGCCCGUCGUCAUCUGUCGUCAACAACUUUGGCACAAUUGCAAUGAAACUUGGUCAGAAUGAUAGCCUUAAAAAAUCUCUGACAAGAUUUUUACUCUAUAAUAUGAAUUAUAAACCAAGGUCAAAUUCGUAGGAAACAACGUUGAAUCUCUAAUGGCCACAUUUUUAUCUUUUUUUAUAAUGUUCCCAGAAUGUUUGCAUCUGAAUUUCAAAUCAUAGAUAAACCAAAUUAAGACAGUACAAGCUAUAUUUUCUACUUGAAUUUCAUAAACUGUUUGCUGGAAUGUUUGCACUAUGAAAUGAAAGUCGAUUUCAGGUAUAGGUCCAUGUUUCGGAGAAAAAACGUUCGAACGUUAUCAAAUCAUAUAAAGAAAGCAUUGUUUUUCAUGAAAAUAUAACAGCAUAUAAAACAUUUAUAUUAUUGUACAAAACCAUUGUCAAUUUAUUCAUAUAUGUAUUGAAUUCUGGAAAGGGACUACAUGAAGGGGCCACCCUUCUGGACAGUCCAGCGCCUUUAAAAACUCACCAUUUUUAAAAAGCUGUUACAUGUCUUCGUUUUGAUGCAUUUGCAACAUCGUGCGAGUGUUUAAGGAUAACAUGGUGUAAUAGCCAUAUUUCAUAUCUUGUAACUGGAUGGUAAUAUUUAAAUGAAAUUUAGUCAUUUUAAAGACAUUCAAAAUUAAAAACGUUUCACCGAGAGAUUUUCGAAUUUUAUCAUUUUUUUGAGGAGAUAAUCGGUAUUGAAGUUAACAUUUAUGCCUAUGGGAAAUAUAUAAUUUCUUUGAUUAUGAGAAUCUGCCAUGAGCUUGAGUUUCGAGAAAAUUUUGCGGUAGAAAGCUGCAUUAUAUGAUUCUGAUACAAAUAUCAAAAAGAAAUCUAAAAUUCCCCGUAGGGAAAAGGAGAGAAUUAUUUUUUCUAGUUUUCAGGGGAGGUAACUCAUGAAAAAGCAAAAUUAUCAGGGGAGGUAAUCUAAAGGAAAUUUUUGAGAACUUCUGUCACUAUAUAACUUGUCAAUAUGCACCUUAUUUCUAUCGUUUGACAUUUUCAAAGCUUACAUUAUCAAGUUGUAUGUACGCUUUCGGUGAAAUUGGGAUAGUAUUACGGGAAGUCAUCCUUAAACUUUAUAUAACUAGGUAAAACAUCGUUUUGACAAUUGUUUACAUCUAUUUCUUUACAAAGGGCAUUCUUAUUUAAAGGGGGACAACUCAUUUAGAAUAUUUUAAGUAUUCAACUGCGUGGAACAGAACAGUAAAACAUGUAUUGGACAGAUAAGUUGUGUGUCAAGAUGCUGUUCAUUCGCUAAAAAAAUCUGUUGUUUUGUGAUAUACAGCUAAACCUUCAGGACUGGGUUACACGAAAUCUUAAACAGGAUUGCACUUUCUAUUUAUCUAUGUAAUUACUUGAUGGAUUUGUUUCAAACUUAUAAUAGUUAUUCCACAUCAUCACCUACAUCAUAUGGCUCAAGGGCUCUCAAACUCUCUUACCAAUAUUUCAUGAAUUAUUCCCCACCUUUUACUUAGGAUUUCAGGUUAUAGUUUUGAUUUACUUUCAAUCUAUCUCAGUUAUUACUAAACAGAUUUGAUUCAAACAUAAUAUAUUUGAUCCACAUCAUCACCCACAUCUUAUGACACAAGGUCCAUAACUCUAGCAGCAAGUUUUCAUGAAUUAUGCCCCUUUUACUUAGAAUUUUAUAUCGAGAGGCUUUGAUUCAAACUAAAAAUAGUUGUUCCACAUCAUCACUCUCACCAUAUGACACAAGGGUCAUAACUCUUGUACCUAUGUUUCAUGGAUUAUCUCCCCUUUUAAUUUAGACUGAAAGGCAAUGUUGUUUUGAUGUUAAUUUUAUCUGCUGGGAUUUCUUAAAUCAUUUAAAGAAAUGAAAGAAUUUUCAAAAUCGAAUUAAAAAUUGAGAAAGUUAUCAGCAUUUAAAUAUUUGGUCAAAAUGGCAGCCAUUUUGUUUUCAUUGCAAUAAAAUAGCAGAUUUAUUAUAUUUCUACUCACAUUUUUGAACUGCAUUUACUUAUUACUGUAA